AUGGCACCGACUACGCUCGUGACUUUUCUGGUUCGCAGCCCACCUUCGACCCGAUCCGUCUACCUCUACGGCUCGUGGGAUAACUUCAAGACCGCUUAUCCCAUGCAAAGAGACACUCGCACGGGCCCUGAGCACUGGUCAGGUUGCCAUAGCUUCUCUGACAUCAUCUGUGAUGGCGACGUAACGAUCAAUGGUAUUCCCAGGCAAGGAGGACUCAAGAUGGGCGGAACGUACUGGUACUACUACAAACUGGACGACGAAAUCGAGUUUCACAACUCAGCAGAAUCGUCGACCACUUCCUGUCCCAUGCUUCCUGGCCAGCUUGUCAACGUCUUGAAUGUCCCCUUUGCACUCACCAACAGCAGUCGCUCCCGCAAUGAUAGUGUGAGCUCAACAAGCUCCGACUACCGAACCAUGAAUCCUACAGACAAGUUUCUAAACCCUCGGCCCGUGCCAGCUAAACCAUCGCUACCGCGCCUGAAGACUUCUCCGACUUUGCUUCAACAAUCCUGGUCUUCCUCCAGCUCCCCGGCGAGUGCGUCGUCCCUGCCUAGCCGACGGGGAAGGUCGACAUCCACCACCACAACUUCUCAACCGAGCAGUGCCAAUGCUUACAGAGUAGUCCGAAUGAAGCCAUCCAUUGAGCCACCUUCGAGGUCGGCCUCACGCGGAAGUAACCGCUCUGUGGGCAUCAUUGGUGCUUUUCGAGCUCUGACGUCUCCACGACUGGCAAGCCCCGAUACCCCAAUUGACCGAGGCCGGGUUCUUCCAGACGAUUCGGCAGCGAGGAGCCGUUCAAAAGGCGUGUCAGAGCGUAGCAUCACGCCCAAGAGGACUAUACCCGGGACGUCUGCUUUGAUUCCAGAGGUAGACGCCACCACCAUAUCUGAAGAUCCAGGAGAGCUUCUGCUACGUCGGCCAAUCAACGGGUCUGAAUCUUUUGGACAUGUCCCGAUAUCGUCCUUUGCAUAUCAUCGACGCCAGAGAUCCGUAUCGCGGGAGCCUUCGUCUCUGCGCAGUUCGCUUCAACCAGACACGACCAACAUAGGGAUGUUUGAUGAGACCGCUGUACAGUAUCAGCCACUGGCGACCCUCAAGGAGGUUGCUUCAGCAACUAAUACCCCUGUUUGGCCUCUAACUGCGGUGAAAGUUGAAGGCGAAAAGGAGGCGGGUGACAUACGUGUGCCCCUGGAUCUGGAGAAACGUCUACCGACUUUACCCAAUACGCCAUCUUCUGCAUAUCCACCCAGCGUUAUGGAUGAGCCCUCCACCAAUGAUGAGUUAGAUGACAUUGCCAACCUUCGCAGUCAUUUCUCCUGCACCACCAUCCAAACAGAAUCGCCUACGGAUAGUUUCCUUCCUCACGACCGGAGCCGUUUCUCGGAUUGGACAGACGGGACCGACAAAUUUUCACCACAGUCGGAGCUUGGCUCAAGCAUGCUUGAUUUUGAGCCAAUCAGUCCACUACCAGAAGCGGCCUUGGACUUCCCUAGUGAUACGCCGAUUACCGUUGAAGUCCAAAGUCCUCCACAGGAUUUCACAGUUGGCAACACCUCUGCUGGCCCCAAGCAAGGCGGACUACCUUCGGCAUUCAGUUUUUCAACGGUCAACACGGUCGCUUCUUCUACCGCGCCAAGCUCUCACGUAGACCUUGACAGUACCAAAGAUGCCCACUUCUCCUGGACCAGCUUUCAGCACUAUAGCCUACCCUCAGAGGACCCCGGAUUCGGGGCCGUUCAGAAACCUGCAACGGUUGCCAAUCAUGUGGCACCUGUGGUUGUAGACGAAAACCAUCGUGCAGGCGUGUAUCAACCUCAGAUGUCAAGCUAUGAUGAGUCAACGAUUCCCCAUUCCACCAGUAUGCAACAACUCCUCGCUGAAUUGAGCUAUUUGGGCGGAAUGAUCCAACAGCAUUAA